GGGGAAAGGAGAGUCUGAAACAGCCACUCCACACCAAACCGUGUCGGCUGCCGGUCAUCUUUGGGCACCAUGAACCAUACUUCCCAACACUUCUUCCCGCACGCCGUCCCUGGCUCGCUCUCAACCUCUGAGACGCUCAAGGAGGAGCACGAGGGGGCCGCGCUGGGGGUGCCCUUCGGCCUGGUACCCCACAACUCGGUGCCCAUGACGUCCACCGUGAUCAACAUCCGCAGCGACACCUCCGUGCCGGACCAUGUCGUCUGGUCCCUCUUCAACACGCUCUUCAUGAACUUCUGCUGCCUGGGCUUCGUGGCCUUCGCCUACUCCGUGAAGUCUAGGGACCGGAAGAUGGUGGGUGACUUGACGGGGGCCCAGAGCUACGCUUCCACCGCCAAAUGCCUGAAUAUCACCGCCCUGGUCUUCAGCCUCCUGUUGGUCAUCACUUUUAUCAUUGGUCUUAUUACUCUCUUAAUGAGGAGAGCAGCUUAACAGAUGAUAAAGAACCGUCAACACUAUUAGUCGCUGCCCACUGCUGCAGCCCGAGCCCUCCCACUGCUGGCCCUGCAUCCUGCCUGUUGACCCCCACCCCCUUUUACAGCAGUUUUCACAUUUGUCUCUGUCUAUGAAUGAAUUCAAUAAAGUGCCUGUGUGUGUAACAGUGCUGUGACA